AUGCAUAUCGAAAACAAAAUGAGGAGGUCAAUCUGGAUUUUCAGUAUUUUGGUGUUUGUGACAUUGGAUUUAGUAGGUGUUUCUGGGAGCAAUAUUUCACAAGAAGUUAGCAUAACUUAUGGUACUGAUAAACGAGCAAAGUUUCUUGAUGGUGGCUUAACUCUCAGUUUGUCCUUAGACAAUUUUUCCGGUUCCGGUUUUCAGUCCAACAAUGAGUAUUUGUUUGGAAGAUUUGAUAUUCGGAUGAAGCUUGUCCCUGGCAAUUCCGCCGGCACCGUGGCCACUUUUUAUUUAUCAUCUCAAGGGCCAGCACACGAUGAGGUCGAUUUCGAGUUCCUAGGGAAUGCGUCUGGGCAACCAUACACACUCUCAACCAAUGUUUACUCUCAAGGAAAAGGGAACAGAGAACAACAAUUUCGACUUUGGUUUGAUCCCACAAUCGCCUACCAUACAUAUACCAUUGUUUGGAACCCUCAAAACAUCAUAUUCUUGGUUGACAAUAUACCAAUAAGGAUAUUCGUAAACAAGGAAGCAAGGGGAGUUCCGUUCCCAAACAACCAACCAAUGAAAAUAUACGGCACUUUAUGGGACGCGGAAGACUGGGCAACCCAAGGUGGCCGUGUCAAGACCGAUUGGUCCAACCAACCAUUCACGAUUUAUUACCAGAAUUUCGACCCGGUCGGUUGUGUUGUUCCGGCACAACCCGGCUCGCCGCCAUGUAACCCGACAUGGCAACCUCACGACCUUGAUCCUAAAGGCCGGAAUUUGAUCAGAUGGGCUCAGCAAAAAUCAAUGAUCUACAACUACUGUGUGGAUCGGGUCAGGUUUCCUCGGCAUCGUCCUCGCGAAUGCCGGGGCACCAGGUUCUAA